CGCAGGUCCUGCAGCCCCAGGAGGAGAGAUCUGCAGGUUCCUUAGGUUCAGGACUCUCUUCUCUUGAAAGACAAUGGUCCUUUCCAUCAAUGACCCACCAAGGAUGGAGAAGGACAGAGACCACAUGGCUGGAAGGAUAUUAGACCUUACCCUGGAGAUCAUCUCCUUGAUAACUGGAGAGGAUUACACAGUAGUGAAGAAGUCGUCUGGUGAGUGUGUGACACCCCGUGUGUCAGGAGGACAGAACAGGACCCAGAGCCCCAUCACCGAGCCUCCACCUCAUUCCCUGAUACAUGAGCAGAAGAUCCUAGAACUUACCACCAGGAUCACUGAGCUGCUGAGCGGAGAGGUUCCUAUAAGGUGUCAGGAUGUCGCUGUCUAUUUCUCCAUGGAGGAGUGGGAGUAUUUAGAAGGACACAAGGAUCUGUACAAGGACGUCAUGAUGGAGAAUCAGUCCCUCACAUCACCGGAUGGAUCCAGUCAGAGAAAUCCACCAGAGAGAUGUCCCAGUCCUCUGUAUUUCCAGGACUGUCCACAGGAAAAGCGGAAUGUCCCACUGGAUCAUCAAGAAAGUUCUGGUGGAACGACGAGUGAGCUCAAAAAACCCGGAUCAGUGUCCGCGAAUGGUGCAAACAGGAUGAGAGUAUACCAUAAGGAUUUUCCUUUAUCUUCCUAUGAUAAAGCAGAAGAUAACAAUACCACACAAGCUAAUUCAAUAACUCCUAAUGUACCCUCAGUCCUUCACAGUGGAGAUCUAUCCACCGAUACCGCUGGUCACAAGAAACCUUCAUCUAAUCAAUCACUGACUGGCAAAACAAGAACUAAACAGAAGCGAGGAAAAAUAUUUUCACAUGUGAAACCUUUUAUGAAGAGAUAUAAAGAGAGAUUAGAUGAGCGAAAUUGCAGAGAUAAAAAGUCAUUUUCAUGCUCUGAAUGUGGAAAAUCUUUUACAAGUAAAGUUAAUCUAGUUGGACAUCAGAGAAGUCACACAGGGGAGAAGCCGUAUUCAUGUUCGGAAUGUGGGAAAUGUUUUAGUCAUAAAUCUGUUCUUGUGACACAUUUAAGAAUUCAUACAAUGGGUAAGCCAUUUUCAUGUUCAGAAUGUCAGAAAUGUUUUAGUCAAAAAGCUGGUCUUGUGAGACAUCAGAGAAUUCACACAGGAGAGAAGCCGUUUCUGUGUACUGAAUGUGGAAAGUGUUUCAGUCAUAAAUCAGAUCUUGUUAUACAUCAAAGAAUUCACACAGGAGAGAAGCCAUUUUCAUGCUCAGAAUGUGGGAAAUGUUUUAGUGAGAAAUCUAGUCUUUUGAUACAUCUAAGAAGCCACUUAGGACAGAAGCCAUUUUCAUGUUCAGAAUGUCAGAAAUGUUUUUGUCGGAAAUCUAAUCUUGUGAAACAUUUAAGAAUUCAUACAGGGGAGAAGCCAUUUUCAUGCUCAGAAUGUCUAAAAUGUUUUAGUGAUAAAUGUGGUCUUGUGACACAUUUAAGACUUCAUACAGGGGAGAAGCCAUUUUCAUGUCCUGAAUGUGGUAAAUGUUUUAGUGUGAAAUCACACCUUGUUGGGCAUCAGAGAAAUCACACAGGGGAGAAGCCAUUUUCAUGUUCAGAAUGUGGAAAAUGUUUUAGUCAUAAAUCAGCUCUUGUUAAUCAUCAGAUAAUUCACACAGGAGAGAAGCCUUUUCUGUGUCCUGAUUGUGGGAAGUGUUUUCGUAUGAAAGCAAUGCUUGUAGCACAUCAAAGAAUUCACACAGGAGAGAAGCCAUUUUCAUGCUCAGAAUGUGGGAAAUGUUUUAGUGGAAAAUCAUCUCUUGUGAAACAUCUAAGAAUCCACUUAGUAGGACAGAAGAAAUUUUCAUGUUCAGAAUGUGGGAUAUGUUUUAUCCUUCAAUCAAGUCUUAUUCGACAUCAGAAAGCUCACACAGGGGAGAAGUCUGACCUGUCGUCAAGAUAGGUCAUCAAUAUCAGAUUGGGGGGGUUUGACACUCAAGACCCCCCACCGAUCCGCUGUUGUAGGAGGCCUCCUUGCAGCUUACAAAGCACAAUGCCUUCCAUGGGAUAGCGGAUGUGCUUGGUAUUGCAGCUUAGUCUCAUUCACUUCAAUAUCACUGAGCUGCUUCUAGGCCAUAUGAAUGAGACGGUUGGGGUAGAAAGCAGCCACAAGGCUUACCUGAGCUGAUCGGCAGGGUUCCCUGGUGUUGUCAAUUGCUGCUAAAGGUGUUGUCAUCAUGGCCAUAACAGGUGACUGUCACAUCACAACCACUUAUUCUGGAAGGGAUUUAUCAAUGGCUACUUGAAUUACAGAUAUGAUCUAUAGAGUUGAAGAUGUAGA